AUGUCGCGUGAGAGGUACGAGCGGGCGCGUCCACGCGCGGACCCUGACCCCGUCGUGCAGGAGCUCCCAGCCAUCCAUCCGUCAUUCAUCCAGGUAGCCAAGCCUUAUGUCUUUGAGCAGACGAUCCAAGACUGCAUCCAGGCGAUGGGUGUGAGUCCUAUGCGUGAAGAGAAUUUACGUUUACAGGGUGUCUCAUGGAUUGAUAACGUGCGCAAGGUGCUCCAUCUUCCUGUUCGCACUUUCAAUACCGCUGUGAUCUACUAUCAUCGCUUCAGGCUAUCACAUCCGGAUAGCGAGUACAACUUCACGGAUGCUGCCGCUGCGGCUCUAUUCACCGCUUGCAAAAUCGAGGACACUCUGAAGAAGUCGAGGGACAUUGUUUGCGCGGCUUAUAAUCUUAAAUUGCCGCCCUCGGAGCACCUGUCUUCUGAUAGUCCGGUCUUUGAAACCAACGCAAGAGGAAUCAUUGGACUCGAAAGACUCAUGCUUGAAUCAUCUGGCUUUGAUUUCCGUACCCGCCACCCUCAAAAGACCCUGAUUAAGCUUGCCCAGUUUUAUAAGCUAUCAAAAGAGACUGAAGUGACCGAUCUCGCCUACCGCAUCUCGCUGGACCUCUACCGCACAUUUGCACCAGUCAAACAGACAACGGCAACAAUGGCAUUUAGCUGCCUCGAACUCGCGGGACGACUCUUGGAUAAGCGCGUCGCCAUGAUAGAGUCAGGACAGGACUACGAUCAAUGGGACACUAGCCGCCCUGAAGUCAUGGAAACCCUCUUCGACAUCCUCGAACUCUACACCCACCACCGCUCUUCCACGUCCGUGGGACCACAAUUCCCAGCAGACCGCUUCCUAACCGUCCGCAUACCACUCAACCAAGAAGCUAGCGAACACCACAUUCCACGCCACGCCAACUGGGAAGACCGCCCCCGCCAACCCAUGUACCUUGAAAACCAACCAAAUAACGCACGGCCCAAGGAUGUAGAUACCGAGCGACCUCACCACCCCUUGACGCCAACUGCAGCAAAUGGUGACCGGCACCGAACAUCUGACCGCGGCAAGGACGCAGCCGUACGCUUCAUGCUUGAUCACGAUAUUGCGGAAAGUGAGAUGAGACAAGUUGCGGAAUAUUUCAAUGUGGAAAUGGAAGAAUACGAAGUGGACGCUUGA